AAGAAGGGCUGGGAAGAACGAGAGAAGGCAGAGAGGGGGAAGGGACGAGGGCCCGGGCGCCCAAACCAUGCGGGGCCACUGCAACCACCAGGAGCAUCCCCCAGCGCCCCAGCGCCCCAGCCCGGCCAGGUGAUGGAGUUGGAGCGGUCUGAUUCCCGCUCCCGAUCCCUUCUCUCGCUCCCGCUCCCGCUCCUGCUCCUGUUGCCCCUGUCCCUGUCCCUGUCUCUGUCCCAGGAACUGUCACGGGAAACCUCCGGAACCCCGUCCUCACCAAGCUUCAGCGGCUGCUCGUCAGACCCCUGCACCCACGGGGGCACCUGCCAGAGCACCAGUGAUGGCGGCUUCCUGUGUGUCUGUCCCACAGAGCCCGUGGCCUAUGCGGGGGCCCUCUGUGAGGAGCUCUACGACGCCUGCUCUGAGCGGGUCUGUCCCCACAACCAGACCUGCCACGCAGCUCCAGGGGCUCUGAACCACACCUGCCGCUGCCCUCCCGGCUCCUGGGGCCCCACCUGCGACACAGCCGGCUGUGGGGACCAUGGCUGUCCCGGGAGCUGUGCCGUGCAGCCGUGCCAUCAUGGGGGCACCUGCCUGGCAGCAGGGGCCGGCUCUGCUUGCCUCUGCCUCCCGGGGUGGACGGGACCUCUGUGUGAGGAGGACGUGGAUGAGUGCAAGUCGGGGCCCUGCCAGAAUGGGGCUCUCUGUGUGAAUGACCCAGGGGGGUUCCUGUGCUACUGUGUGCCGGGCUUCCAGGGCCCGCACUGCGAGCUGGACAUCAAUGAGUGCGCGUCCAGGCCCUGUAAGCACGAAGCGUCCUGCAUCAAUCGUGUGGAUGGCUACCAGUGCCUUUGUUCCCCUGGCUACACAGGUCUAAACUGUGAGACAGAAAUAGAUGAAUGUGAGUCAGACCCCUGCCAGAAUGGGGGUUCCUGCCUGGACGGCAUUGGCACCUACCAGUGUCUUUGUUCCCCGGGUUUCACUGGACAUAAUUGCCAGGUGGACAUUGAUGAGUGUGAGAGUCAGCCUUGUGCCAAUGGAGGCAUAUGCCAGAACUUCAUCAAUAGGUUCCAGUGCGACUGCGGUGGGACCGGCUUUGAGGGUGCACUCUGCGAGGUGGAAGUGCUGGAGUGCCUGUCCAGCCCGUGCCUGCACAAUGCCACCUGUCUGGAUGGGCUGGGCAACUACACGUGCGUCUGCCUGCCAGGCUACCAUGGGGAGCACUGUGAGAUGGAUGAGGAUGACUGCGCGGGGGACCCCUGCCUUCACGGGGGCCUCUGUCUCCAGCGAUCCAAUCAGUCCCUCUACGGGGGGGCCCAACCUGUCUUCCCCGGGACCUUCAGCUACAGCUCAGCAGCUGGCUUUGUGUGCCAGUGCUUGCCUGGAUUUGCAGGGGACAACUGCUCCGUGGAUGUGAAUGAGUGCGAGUCCCAUCCCUGCCAGAAUGGAGGGACCUGUGAGGAUCUUCCCAACAGCUUCCAGUGCCACUGCCUGGCAGGGUACACAGGUGUCUCCUGUAUGGUCAACGUGGACGACUGCGCGUCUGAGCCCUGCUUCCACGGGGCGCCCUGCGAGGACGGCGUCAAUGACUACGUGUGCCACUGCCCCCCGCGGUGGGGCGGGAAGGACUGCUCCGUGCUGCUCACGGGCUGCGAGGGCCACGCCUGCCGGCCCGGGGCGCAGUGCACGCCCACCUACCGGGCGGGGGCGCACGGCUACGCCUGCCGCUGCCCGCCGGGCUUCCACGGGCCCACGUGCGCCCAGCCCACCACGUUUUCCCUGGCGCCCGGCGGCUCCUUGCUCGUGGCGCUGCCCGUGGGCGACGACGGGCCCGGGCCGGCGGCCGUGUCGCUGAGGUUCCGCACCACGCUGCCCGACGGGCUUCUGUUCUCGCGCGGGGACGCCGUGGAGAGCCUCACCCUGGAGCUGUCCCGGGGCUCCCUGCGGGCCACCCUGAGGAGCCCGGGCUCCGAGCUCGCCCUGAGCCUCCGCGCCCCCUCGCUGAGUGACGGGCACUGGCACCGGGCGGAAGCGGCCCUCGCCCGCUCGGCCCUGGAGCUGCGGCUGUGGCACGAGGCCUGUGGGAGCGCGCCCUGCCUGCGCAGCCGCCCCCUGGCGGAGGAGGUGGCCCCGCUCGCCGGCGCUUCCUCGACGGGGUGCGCCCCGCCCGGCGGAGGCCUGGCCUGGACCUCUGGCCAGCCUUCCGCUGACGUGCGCGUGGGGCGCCUCGAGGGCGCCCAGGCCGUGGCUCCUGAGGUACCACGGGAGGCCUUCAGCCCCUCCCCAGGUGAGCGGCACGCGGGGCUGGUCGCUUCCCCCUGCCGACCCCUCCAGUACCACAGUACCACAGGGUUGCCCCAGGGUGAGGGGUGCUUGAGAAGCCCGGGCGUCCCCCUUCGGACUCCGAGGGGAGAGCAGGCCGGAGCGCCCUCCCCCGUGCUGAGGCUUUCUCCGCUGUUCCCCCUCUCCCCAGAGCUGCCCGCCUGGACCUUCGGCCUGGGGGGCUCCCACAGCGCGGCCUCCUUCCUGCUCAGGGACGCGCCGGGCCCCAACCUCACCGUGUCCUUUGUCCUGCGGACUCGCCAGGCCGCCGGCCUCCUGCUGCAGCUGACCAACGGCUCUCUGCCGGCCUACACCGUGUUCCUGGCCCGGGGGGAGCUCCGCGUGGAGGUGGCCGCCGCGGCCCAGGUGGUGGCCCUGCCCGGGCGCUUGGAUGACGGGCACAAGCACCUGGUGACCCUGGGCCUGGGCCGGGGGCAGCUCCAGGGGCCGCCUCUGGGCCCCAGCUACGAGGUCUACGUCGGGGGUCUGGCCUCGGCAGCCUGGGCCCAGCCCUGGGGCGGCAACUUUAAAGGUUGCCUGCAGGAUAUCCGGCUUAACAGCCUCCGCUUGGACCUUCUCCCCCUCCUUCAGCCCGACAACCGGACCGGUUCUGGGGGAGCGUUGGAAGGGCGGGCCAGCAACCUUACUCUGGGCUGCGUCUCGGAAGAUACCUGCAGGUUUGACCCUUGUCACAACGGAGGGACAUGUACUGUGACCUGGAAUGACUUCAUCUGCAGCUGCCCUCACAAUUUUACAGGGCCCACGUGUGCUAAACGCCUAUGGUGUCAGGCCCAACCCUGUCCCCCUUCUACCACCUGUGCCGAAGUCCCCGAUGGUUAUGUAUGUCUGGCCAACGCUACGUUCCAAGAUCAGCCGCCCGCCGUCUUCACCAGCCACAAUAUGUCGGCCCAGCGGGAGCUUGUGGCGCUCUCCUUGGCUUUCCGGACCCGCGACCUGGAGGCCGUCCUGCUGCAGGCAGCUGGGGAGGGAGCCUCGCUGAGGGUGGCCAUUCACAACGGCUCUUUGUCUGUGUCUGUGCGCAGCGGGAACAGCGUUGAGGGGGCUACCUUUGGAGGCGUUGCGCCCGUUUCCGACGGGGCCUGGCACCUGGUCUCCCUGGCUAUGGAGGAGCCAGCGGCUUCCCUCUCUCGAUGGCAGCUGCGUCUGGAUGAGGCACAAAACGUGACCCUUUGGGGCCAGGCAGGGACCCUGGACUUCCUGCGCCACCACGUGCGGGUGGUUUUGGCUGAAAACUUCACAGGCUGCUUGGGCCGCGUGACCGUGGGCGGCCUGGACCUGCCCUUCGCCCGCCUGCCCACACCUCUCCCCCAGCCGGAGCAGUUCCUUCUGGAGGGUGGUGGUGUGGAUCUGGGCUGUCGCGGGCAUCCCGUGUGCUCAGCAGAGCCCUGUCUUCACGGGGGCACUUGCCAGGACCUCUUUGACGCCUUCAGCUGUGCCUGUGGGGCCAGUUGGAAUGGCCCGCGGUGUGAGGUGGACGUGGACGAGUGUGGCUCUGCUCCCUGUGUCCACGGCCGCUGCAGGAACUUGCCAGGCAGCUACCAGUGCCAGUGCAGCGCAGGCUACACAGGGAAGCACUGUGAGAGCGACGUGGAUGACUGCCUCGAGCACUCAUGUCUGCAUGGGGCUACCUGCGUGGACGGCCUCCUCAGCUACUCCUGCCGCUGCCCUCCCGAGUUCUUCGGCCCCCGGUGCCAGUGGCCCUUCCCGCCGGAAGAAUGCGGCCGCAAUUUCACUUGCCUGAAUGGAGGCCACUGUUCUGAUGGGCCCUGGGGAGCCAACUGCAGCUGCCCGAUGGGCUUCACAGGCCUGAGGUGUCAAAUUCGGAUACCUGAGUGUGAACCCAACCCUUGCCAGAAUGGCGGUACCUGCCAAGCAGCUGGGAGUGAAGUUGAAUGUAUCUGCAGCAGCAAUUUUGGGGGCCGGCAUUGUGAUGUGGCUAAGGGGCCUCCAGUCACGCUGUUCUCGUUCCCGCUGAUUGAGGUCGUGGUGCCCGUGGCCUGCGGGUGCCUUCUGCUGCUCCUCAUCGGCCUCCUCUCGGGGGUCCUUGCAGCCCGGAAAAGACGUCAGUCUGAGGGGACCUACAGUCCCAGCCAACAGGAGGUGGCGGGGGCCCGGCUGGAAAUGGACAGUGUCCUCAAGGUGCCUCCUGAGGAGCGGUUGAUAUGACCUGUGCCCUUCACCCCCAGCACACACAAUACACAUACAACUCCCAGGCCAGGGAUUGGGGCCGUGGCCCAGGGCUCAGAUGGUGAGCCAGCCCUGGCAGGAAGCCACCCACUCAGUUAUGACGUAUGGGCUCCACUAAAGCCAACUGCAAAGGGCCAAGGGAACCCUGGUCCUCGGAGAUGGGCUACGUCACAAGCUCUUUCCUCCUCCGCCUCUCGGGCCAGUGAAGCUUGGGACUCCUGGUCUGAUACCAGGAAAACUGCACCAAUCCCAGGAGCCCUAGAAAGCAGAGGGUCAAGGAUGUGCUACAGCAGCAAAUGCUCUGGAUCUGGAGUCAGCCUUUUGGCCCAACUUUGAAUCCUUCUCCCUCAUGUGACAUUUCCCUUCUUUUGGCUUUGGUUUUCCCUUUGGUAGACUGAGAGGACUGGGUUUGGGUCCUUCCAGCUUUAUCCAAUAAACUGACUUGGAUUAUUUGGUUAUCUUCCCCCUGGAUCCUGAGAGCAGAGCUCUUCCUUGACCCAUGUCGGCCAGCACUGUGCAGGCAGCUUGGGACCCGGUGGAGAUGGCUGCAGGGCCCAGGAGGGCCCCAUUUCAGAUAGAAACUGCCUGUCCAGGGGCCCUCCCUCUUGUCUGCCUGACAUGUAGAACCUUCAGCCCUAUUUCCUCCUCCUCAGCCUCAGGAAGAGUUUUUGAGGGAACUGGACUUUCUGAGGGAAUUCUGCCCAGUGCUCCCAGGACCAAACUGCCGCCUCUUUCCCUAACACCAGUGGCAGGGUUCCAGAUGGGACCAAGAACAAGAAACACAUAUGAAGAAUGCUUGUGGAGGACAUCAGUUCUUCCUUACCUUGGUCACCAUCUUUGGAUCACCUUUAGGAAAUGGGGCACAACUCAGGGAACCAAACCCGCACGACAAGAGUAAUGCAAGAGAGCUAAAGACCACCCUCCCCUUGCCCCUUCCUUCUUUCUGGUAUCUGUGUAUUCCUAUUUAAGGAAUUGUGCUUCAGCUGGGCUGAGGCUGUGUGUGUGUGCGUGUGCGCGUGUGUGUGUGUGAGUGUGAGAGACAGAGUGGGGGCAGAUUUGUGAGCACACAUGUAGCCUUUAUGGGCAUCCCGGUGUGUUCAUAUUAAUGUACACUUGUGCGUAUAUAUACCUAUGUGUAUGUAUAUUUGAUUAUGGGGCGGGCCAAAGGCAGGGAGGAAAGGCCAAAUGUCACAAAUCUUGGGUUUACUGAAGGCUUGGUUAGAGUUUUGCUGGGAACAGUCCACAGAAUGCAAAAAUUCCUAUUUCCAGAUGACUUUCGUGUAGCAUCUGGAAAAUCAAGAUGAAGAACUCUAAUCAAGUCUGCGAGCAUCUCCUCUCUUCCCAGAAAUGUCAGUGGCACUUUCCUCUCAAUACAUAGGACGAGUCACACACACUGGAGUUAAAUUCGUAAAUUGUACUACUGAACCUGAACACUGGGGCCCGGAGCCCAGAAGUGCCUUCUAACGCCCUGAACACGGCUAUCUAACAUCUUGGAUUCUGGUUGUAAUGCACGUGGUUUUUAUGUGCUUAGUGGAGAUGGUGAUUUUCAUCUUGUAUGUUGUCCUUUCACAACUGUGAUGGAAUCUUCUCCUGAACCACCAAUCAGUGCAGGCCACAUACUGUCUUAGUGUCUCUGAAACCAUCUGCCAGGAUGGGAUGGCUAGUAAGGCUCUCCUUGGUAAGGGAGGAUAAUGAGCCAUCACUCCUGCCUAGGCAACCAGAAAAAGCCAACAGAAACUCCUAGGCGAAAAUGCUCUAGUCUUUGAAGUUUUUCUCUCUGCUGACUCCAGGUCCCUGUCUCCCUUGUAGCUUUUGUUAAAUUCCUGCUUUGUCCAGAAUCUCUUUGGGGGCACUCUGUCCCCCAAACCCCACAGGAACUAUGUGGUAGCUGGGGCCACAAAGCUAUAUUGUCAUAUAGGGGCAGCAAUAAAUAAGUCAGGUAAAAUUGUUCUAAAAUCUGCCUUCAUCUUACAUACCCACUAGCAAAAACAAAACCAAAAGCCAAAUUCUUGUAAAGCGUUCUGGAUGGCACAAAAGCACUCUUCUCUACUCUGGGAAAGGUACUGGGAUUGAUGUCAGACUAUUCCAGGAUUACACACUGGCUUUAUAUGUUUUCAUGGCACAUGUGAUUUAGGGCAGCCCAGGAGGAUAGAGAUGGCUGGGCCUGAGUCAAGAAAACUUGAGUUCAGAUACUUUCUAGCUUUGUGACUCUGGGCAGCUCCCUUAACCCUGUCUGCCUCAG